UCGAAAUAACGAAAAGAAUGGGAAUUGAAGAAGGAUUUGUUGGAGAGAAGAAGAAGAAGAAGAAGUGUUUAUUUGUCUCUGCAAUUCACACAUGUCAAAGGAGAAGCACUAUAUAUAUAGCCGCAGAAACAGAAGCCCCUCUCACUCUCCAGCUGCCAACGGCGGGAAAUCAAUUUUUCGCUCCACCAUUGAAAAACCCUAAUAAAAAAUUACCCAAUUAUUCCCCACAGCCAGAGGGAUUGAAGAAGAGCCAUGGCAUUACCCGAAAACGGCGGUGCGAAGCUCAGCGACGAUGAUGAAUUUCCCAGGGGCGGAGCGCCCCUCAAGUACAUCCCGCUCUGCGACUUGUACUCCGCUACAUCUCCCUGCGUCACCGCCUCCGGAUCGAAGAAGGUCAAGGCUGCAGCGCGGAAGCCUCCGCAAACCAACGGCAAUGGUCAAUUGACGAAGCCCCCUAUCACGCUGGAGUCUCAGUUCGGUAUAGUUUACUCGAGGCGCCGGAAGAGGGAGGAGAGCACCAAUUUUAUGAAGGGGCUGCUUUUGGAUGCGGAAUUGGAGGCUGACGGAAGGGGGGAGGGGGCUGUCAUGAAGCGGAGGAGGGUUCGGAAUGUGGAAUUGGGGAGUGAUUGUAAGUCGUCGGGAGAAUCAGAUGAUCCAACGUCGUUGAGUGAUGAUCUUGACAAAACUGAUUGUGAAAAUGUUCGGGAACCUAGGAAUGCGGGUAGGAUUGUUAAUAAUAGCAAGACGAAAAAACGAAAAAUUGAUUCUUCGGAGACGGUUGUAAAGAAUUCAGGAGCUCGACGGAUGAAGAAAUGGGUCCGGCUGAGUUUCGAGGGAGUUGAUCCAGACAAGUUCAUUGAGUUACAAUGCAAGGUGUACUGGCCACUGGAUGCAAGCUGGUAUUCUGGCCAUAUAACAGGGUACAAUUAUGAGACUCGUCGGCACCAUUUGAAGUAUGAGGAUGGAGAGCAAGAAGAUCUGGUUUUAUCUAAAGAACGUAUAAAGUUUCAUAUCUCUUUAAAGGAGAUGCAAAGUAUGGGGUUGAAGUUAUGUGAGAAGAGCCCGGAAGCUGAUGAACUUGAUGCUAAUGAGAUGAUGGUUUUGGCCGCCACUUUAGAUGAUGAUUGCCAAGAGAUAGAAACUGGUGAUCUGAUUUGGGCCAAACUUACUGGACAUGCUGUGUGGCCGGCAAUUGUUUUAGACGAAUCUCAUGUGGGUAAACACAAGGGAUUGAACAAACUUUCUGGAGAAAAGUCUGUGAUUGUACAAUUCUUUGGCACCUAUGAUUUUGCUAGGGUUCCGCGCAAACAAGUUAUCCAAUUCCUCAAGGGCCUUCUUUCCUCAUGUCAUUCAAAGUGCAAGAAACCAACUUUUGCUCGAGGAUUGGAGGAGGCAAAAGUAUAUCUUAGUGAACAGAGGCUACCGGUAAAAAUGCAACAGCUGCGAGAUGGUGUUGACCGUGAUGUAAAGGAUAAUAGAAGUGGGGUGAAUGAAGAUGGUGCUCACUCGGAUGGUGAGUCUUUGAGUUAUGAUGAGAUACUUAAGAAACUUGAUGAUCUCACAAGCUGUAAAUUGGAAGGUGGAGAGUUACAAAUAGUAAGCCUUGGAAAGAUUGUCAGAGACUCCAGUAAUUUCCAAAAUGAGAAAUACAUAUGGCCUGAGGGAUACACUGCUGUAAGGAAGUUUAUAUCUUUAACAGAUCCAACGUUGCAUACUAUGUAUGAGAUGGAAGUACUAAGAGAUGUCGACUCGAGGACCAAACCUCUAUUUAAAGUUAAAGGAGAUAAUGGAGAAGAGUUCAAUGGACCAACACCAUCAGCUUGCUGGAAUAAAAUUUAUAAAAAGAUCAGGAUCAUGCAAAUCAGAAAUAAAGACUGUAAAGCUGAUCAGAAGUUUUCCUCUGGUUCUUAUAUGUUUGGUUUUUCCCACCCAAAGGUUUCCAGACUCAUAAAGGAGAUGUCCAAUUCCCGAUCAGCUGCGAAGGGUUCCCAGUUGGCCUGUAAGAAAAUGAAAAACUCGUCUGCUGGUUACCGACCUGUUACAGUUACAUGGAUGGACCUUGACAAGUGCAAUGUUUGCCAUAUGGAUGAGGAGUACGAGAACAACUUAUUUCUUCAGUGUGACAAAUGCAGGAUGAUGGUGCAUGCUAGAUGCUAUGGUGAACUAGAGCCCAGUGGUGGAGUGCUUUGGUUAUGCAACUUAUGUCGUCCUGGAGCACCUGUAUCUCCUCAAUGCUACCUUUGUCCUGUAGUAGGAGGUGCUAUGAAACCCACUGCAGAUGGCCAUUGGGCUCAUCUGGCUUGUGCCAUAUGGAUUCCAGAAACGUGUUUAUCAGAUAUUAAAAAAAUGGAACCUAUUGAUGGGAUUGAUCGGAUCAAUAAGGAUCGGUGGAAGCUAAUUUGCAGCAUCUGUCACGUUUCUUAUGGAGCGUGCAUACAGUGCACCGACUUUAAUUGCUGUGUGGCAUUCCAUCCCCUCUGUGCACGUGCUGCCGGCUUUUGCCUUGAGCCUGAGGAUAUGGAUAGAGUCCAUGCAGCUCCUCUUGAUGAGGAUGAAGAGGAUCAGUCCAUUCAGCUUCUUUCUUUCUGUCAGAAACACAGGCCAAAGUCUACUGAAAAUAUGCUUUCUGACAAACGAGUUGUUCAAAAGGAAGAUGAACAUGCUGAAUAUAUUCCACCUAUAAACCCUAGCGGUUGCGCUCGUACUGAAAUUUAUGAUUACCGGAAGAAGCGGGCAAAAAAUGGACAAGAUGGUCCUUCAUCAAAGCGCUUGUAUGUGGAGAAUGUGCCACAUAUACCAGGUGGGUUUAGCCAUCAUAUGCCCUUGUGGAACAAAACGUCAUCCAGUGAACCUGGUGGUUCCAAGCACUCUGUAGACCUUCUGGAGUUAAGAAGCUUGCAACUAAAGUCAUCUCGCGAGUUUCUUUCAGUUGCUGAUAAGUACAACCACAUGAAGGAGACCUAUAGGAGGAGACUGGCAUAUGGGAAGUCUCGUAUACAUGGUUUUGGUGUGUUCACUAAACUUCCGUAUAAAGCUGGGGACAUGGUGAUUGAGUAUACUGGGGAAAUUAUUCGGGGUUCAGUAGCCGACAGAAGAGAACACUUAUCUUACGAUAAAUUAGUGGGAGCUGGAACCUAUAUUUUUCGGGUUGAUGAUAAUCGUGUUUUAGAUGCCACCAAAGCGGGAAGCAUAGCACAGUUGAUUAACCACUCAUGUGAAUCAAACUGUUAUUCAAGAGUAAUUACUGUCAAUGACAACAACCACAUAAUUAUAUUCGCGAAGCGAGAUAUCAAUUAUGGCGAAGAACUAACAUAUGAUUACAGAUUUUCUUCAAUUGGUGAACGACUAGCUUGUCAUUGUGGAUCUUCUAGAUGCCGGGGUACAGUGAAUGACAUCGAGUCUGAAGAAAGACUAAAAAAGCUACAUGUACCCAGCAGUGAAUUGACAGAUUGGAAAGGAGAAUAAAAGAGAAGCUCUUUUUGGCGCACCAUGGAAUCGGGGAAGAGUACAAAAGAUGUUGCCGUGGCGGCCAUGGCGGAGCUAGAGAUGUUGUACCUUAGUAUUUUUCCCAAAAACUACAGUAUAUUGAUACAUAUGACCAAUAAGGAUCCCCAAUUCUUAUAUAAUUCUCAUGUCUGUAAAAAAGAAAAGGUUUUGCCUCUGAUUGAGAGGUGAUGCCUUUUAUCAGUUGGCAGAAGCCCACAAUGCUUGCAUCAUUCUUCUUUAAUUAAAAAAAAAAAACCACAGUUUAGUUAA